UAUGUAAGUACCGUUAGCUCCGCCCAGUACAUAUGUACGUACAUAUGUACUCGCACAUGAUUGGCCGAGUCACUCGACCGGAACGGUCACCGAACCGUAACGGGGGAUAUAUAAACCCCGAAUUUUUCAGAGAGCAGUCAUUCAGGCACUUCUGCUAAUACAAGCAACAUGGAGUUCUUCAGAUCCUUCCUUCGCGUCAUUGGACUGCUACAACCUGCCAAGGUGGAUUUCAUUUCUGAACUUCCACCCGAGGUAUCGCAGCUAAUUUUACGCAAGUUGGAUCCUGAGUCCUUGUUGAAUGUAGCACAAGUAUCACAAAAAUGGCUUGGAGUUUGCAGAGCUGACAAGAAGCUGAGGCAAACUGCGAGGCGUCACCUGCGCCACGAAGAGCGGCAAAGGAAAAUCGAGUUUUUGGGAGAGGAGGCUCUUGAAAAUCCUAGGAUUCGAGUUCCAAGGACUCGGGUUCCAAAGGAACCGUCCUCAAGGUACAAGAGAAUUCCUUUUGCUAGGUACGAGGCUGCUGUUGUGAUGGGGAGGGUGGAUCCUCGUCCACUUUCCUCAAAACAAGGUAAGGGGAGAGUAGCACCGGUAGAGUUAAGGUCAUCUAGAUGUAUUAGAUUAUAGUUUUAAUAAAGUCCCUUAUUCCAUUUAGCUUAGUUUAGUAAUAACUUAUAUUCAGUUUAAAUUAUAUCUCAUGACACCC